GGUUGCCCCGGCAACCGGGCCACGCUCUGAACGCUCCAGCCACUGGUCCCGCCCAGCGGCCGUGCGUGUGUGCGUCGUCUCUAUGGUGGCGGCGGAUUCCGAGGGACCUGACGAUCCUGGAGUCAGGAUGUUCCGUCGUGAGUGCUCCAUCCCCCUUCGGGGCUCCGCUGCUGCCCUAUCUAACAAUCUCAGUGUGCUGCAGCUUCCAACCCGCAAUCUCACGCAUUUUGGGGUGGUUCAUGGACCGAGCGCCCAGCUUCUCAGCGCUGCCCCUGAAGGUGUGCCCCUGGCCCAGCGCCAGCUCCACGUUAAAGAGGGCGCUGGAGUGAACUCCCUACUCAUCACCCAGGUCCACUGGUGUGUCCUCCCCUUCCGAGUACUGCUGGUUCUCACCUCACAUCGAGGAAUACAGCUCAGCAAGGAUAAGCUGGAUCACCCUCCCAUCCCUGCCCCCAUCUUCCAGAUGUAUGAGUCUGAUGGUUCCAUCAUGGUCUAUUGGCAUGCCUUGGACUCCAGAGAUGCCUCCUCAGCACAAGCUGUGUUUGCCCGAGGAAUUGCUGCAAGUGGACACUUCAUCUGUGUGGGAACAUGGUCUGGUCAGGUGCUAGUGUUUGACAUCCCUGCUAAGGGUCCCAACAUUGUAUUGAACGAGGAGCUGGCUGGGCACCAGAUGCCAAUCACAGAUAUUGCCACCGAGCCUGCCCAGGGACAGGACGGUGUUGCUGACAUGGUGACAGCAGAUGAUUCAGGUGUGCUCUGUGUCUGGCGGUCAGGACCCGAGUUCACAUUACUAACCCGCAUCCCAGGAUUCGGGGUUCCAUGCCCCUCUGUGCAGCUGUGGCAGGGGAUCGUGGCAGCAGGCUAUGGAAAUGGGCAAGUGCGUCUAUAUGAUGCCACCACAGGAGCCCUCCACAUCCAGAUCAAUGCCCAUGCCCGAACCAUCUGUGUCCUGGACCUAGCUCCAGAAGUAGGCAAGCUACUUUCUGCAGCUGAAGACACCUUUGUGCAUAUCUGGAAGCUGAACAGAAACCCAGACAAUGGGUCCAUUGAGGUGGAACACUGUCACGGCGAAUGUGUAUCUGACACCCAGGUGUGUGGUGCUCGGUUUUGUGAUCCGUCAGGUGGCUCCUUUGCUGUGACAGGUUAUGACCUUGCCGAGAUCCUGAGAUUCAGCAGUGUCUGAGAGAACAGCUUUCCCUUCCCCCUUUGUAUUUAUAAAGUAUUCCCUCCACCAAGUGCGUCUGAUCACUCACUA